GCUCUAUGCCUCAGUUUCCCUAUAGCAGGGCACAGGUCCCAGGCAUGGCUUCACCUCCCCUGGCAGCAGUGAGCUCCUGAUAGAUGUGAGCCCCACGCUGCGGGGUUUUGGCCACCGUGGGCACAGGGCCAGCCCACCCAGCUCGCCUGCUGCCGCGUGCCCGCGCACUCCAGCACAGAGAAAAACAAACCCAGAAGCAGCAAAGGAAGGAGUGGCAGAGGGACGCGGCAAGGAGGAGGAGGAGGAAGAAGAAGAAGCGGGGCCUCACAGCCCCUCCGGAGUUGUGGGCUGCCCCCAGACUCCCCCUCCAGUUCGCUGCCAUGGCCAAAAGCACCUCGCUGUACUGCCGGCUGGUGGAGGGGAAGGAGCUGCCUGCCAAGGACGUCUCUGGCUCCAGUGAUCCCUACUGCGUGGUCAAGGUGGACGAUGAGGUGGUUGCCAGAACAGCCACGGUGUGGAGAAGCCUGAACCCAUUUUGGGGCGAGGAGUUCACCCUGCGCCUGCCCAGCGGCUUCCACAGCCUCACCAUCUAUGUGCUGGAUGAAGACACCAUCGGGCACGAUGAUGUGAUCGGCAAAGUGUCACUGAGCCGCCAGCAGAUCUCAGCACAGCUGCGGGGCAUUGACAGCUGGCUCAGCCUGGUGCCUGUGCACCCUGACCAGGAGGUGCAGGGUGAGAUCCACCUGGAGGUGAAGAUGCCUGAGCAGGGCCACCCGCGGGUGCUGCGCUGCCGCCUCAUUGCAGCCAGGGACCUGGCCCCCCGGGACCCCUCAGGCACAUCAGACCCCUUCGUCCGGGUGUCGUGCUGUGGGCACACGCAGGAGACAGCCGUGAUUAAGAAGACCCGCUUCCCUCACUGGGAUGAAGUGCUGGAGUUCGAGCUGGCAGAGGACGAGCCAGGGGACAGCAUGCUGAGUGUGGAGGUGUGGGACUGGGACAUCGUGGGCAAGAAUGACUUCCUGGGACAGGUAAAGGUCCCCCUGGAUGCGUCGGGUCCCAUGGAGGGCUGGUUCCAGCUCCUGCCCUUCCCCAGCAGCACCGAGGAGCCAAGGGGACAGCUGGGCUCCCUGCGGCUGACGGUGCGGCUGCUGGAGGACAGAGUCCUGCCCCAGCACUGCUACCAGCCCCUCAUCCAGCUCCUGGCCGAGCCCCUCCGCUCCCCAGGCCAGCCCGCAGCCAGCACGGCUCUGGCUGUCCUGGAGGAGGUGACCUCAGGGGACAGCAGGCAGGAUGUGGCCACCAAGCUGGUGAAGGUCUUCCUGGCUCAGGGUCUGGCUGUGCCCUUCCUGGACUAUGUCAUCACCCGCGAGCUGACCAGAACCACGGACCCCAAUACCCUUUUCCGCUCCAACUCUUUGGCCUCCAAGUCCAUGGAGCAGUUCUUGAAGGCAGUGGGGCUGCCCUACCUGCAUGCGGUCCUGAAGCCGGUGGUGAACCGCAUCUUCGAGGAGAAGAAGUACGUGGAACUGGACCCCUGCAAGAUGGAGCUGAGCCGUGGCAGGAGGAUUUCCUUCAAGGGGUCCCUGUCAGAAGCCCAGGUGCGAGAGAGCAGCCUGGAGCUGCUGCAGGGCUACCUGGGGGACAUGGUGGAUGCCAUCGUGGGCUCGGUGGACAAGUGCCCCCUCCUGAUGAGGGUGGCCUUCAAGCAGCUCCGCAGGCGGGUGGAGGAGCGCUUUCCCUCACCGCAGCACGAGGAGGUGCAGUACGUUGCCAUCAGUGGGUUCCUCUUCCUCCGUUUCUUCGCCCCUGCCGUCCUCACCCCGAAGCUCUUUGGCCUGAGGGAGCAGCAUGCUGAGCCCCGCACUGGGCGCACUCUCUUGCUGCUCGCCAAGGCGCUGCAGAGCAUCGGCAACCUGGGACUGCAACCGGGCAAGGAGCCCUGGAUGGCCCCACUGAACAGUGUCCUGCUGCCCAGCAUCACUCGUGUCAGAGCCUUCCUGGACAGCCUCAUCGAGGUGGACAGCACGCAGGCUACAGCAGGCGAGGGGAUGUCAGUGGCACCUUUCAAUCCCUCGGCCACAGUCAAGGAGGGUUUCCUGCACGCACGGGAGGCCGAGGAGCCCUCCCUGCUGCCCCGCUUCGCCUUCAAGAAGCGGUACUUCUGGCUCAGUGCCCAGGCUCUGUCCUACUCCAAGUCCCCCGAAUGCCAGGAGCACAGCUGCAUCCCAGUGGGGCACAUACGGGCAGUGGAGCGCGUGGAUGAGGGCACGUUCCCGCAGCCCCACGUCAUGCAGGUGGUGGCACAGGAUGGCACCGGGCAGCUGCGCACCACCUACAUCCAGUGUAAGAGCGCACCAGAGCUGUGGCAGUGGCUGUGGGCUCUGCGCCAGGCCAGCAGUGCCAACGGGGCCAUGCUGCCCACCUGCCACCCCGGCACCUUCCGCACCGCCCGCUGGACCUGCUGCCUGCAGCCCAACCGUGCUGCUCCUGGCUGCAGCCGGACCCACAGCGCGGUGGCACUGGAUGAGUGGAGUGACCCCCUGGACCCCGCAGCGGCGGCACAGAGCCUCUAUGGGCACCUCCAGCGUGCAGGGACACGGCUGUGGGAGGCGGUGGCAGAACCCGAGGGCAGCGUGGCAGUGCAGAGCCCGGAGCUGAAGCUUGGAGGUGGAGCCGUCGCGGAGCGGCUGCGGGCGGUGCUGCGCGAUCUGGAUGCGGCCCACGAAGCCUUCGCUCGCGGUGACGGGGUGUCGAACCCUCCCACGGCCACGGAGACGGACGCGGCCACGGCCACGUGAACUGAACUACAGCUCCCAGCAUGCCCUGCGCCGCCAAGGCCAGCCAGCGUCGCGUCGCGCCGCAAAGCAUUCUGGGAGCUGUAGUCCGCGCCGCUCUCCUCUGCCCACAGGGAGACGAGGCGGCGCGGCGAAGGCACCCCGCGGACACGGGGUGCGCGCACUCACACAGACGUGUCCGUGGAGCGCCGGGCCGCGCGCGCGUGUGUGUGCAGCGCUGGCACCUCUUGUGAGCGCCCACC